UCAAAGACCUUCCUGUUGACCGUGCAACUUUGAAAGUAUUGUUCACAGCUGAUGACUCCACGGAUUCUACACUGGACACUGGAAGCCUCUCUUCUCCAAGUAGUGCAGAUUUUGUUAAAUGGCCUGACUCCUUCCCGAUUCCAAAGUUUUCCCAUGAUGUGGAGCUGCAACUGAAAGAAGCUAAUUGUAGAUAUGCUAAGGAUGGAUCUGUGAUGGUGAUUUCUAAAACUUUGAAGACUAAUAUCCUUGACACACUUGCAGACUGUAUGUCAAAGAUUACUGCUUAUCCUGACAGGCAACACUAUGAAAAUGUGGCCAAAACACUGGUGGAAAGGCAUCCCUGUCUGCGAGACCCAGGGUCAGAAAAGGGAUGGUACUCAUGGUUUCACAGUCUGAAAUUCAAAAUGGGAAACUACAGGCAUAAAUUAAGCUCAGCAGGAUGCCCUGAGGUGGUCAUAAACAAACGAAAAUCUGGAAGUUCAAAAGGGGAAACUGUCAAAAAGUCAAAGAAGGGGGAGGUGAACUACUGUCCUGAUCCACCUGAAGGACAGAGUCCUGAAAACAUGGAGGUGAAGCGCAAGAUAAUGGAGGCUGAAAUGCAGAAGAAAGACCCAAAUCAUCAGCUGAUUGAGGAUUUGAUGGUUUCUACAUUUUCUCAGCGUAGGAAAGACAUUGUAGGAGAUCAACCACACAUCACAGAGCUCAUGUCCCGAUGGCCUGCUCUGUUCCAUGAGAGACAGAUUAGGGCAGAAUUUACAAGAAUCGUCACCACAGACCUUCUGAAAUCUUUUGUUGACGGACUUGAUGGCCUGGUUCUGAGACUGCUGGAGGUCUACAAGGCAGCAACCAAAUCUGGGAAGAAGCAGCCACUCAAAGACAUUUUGGACUGCCUUGCAAAAGAUGACACAAAUGAAAGGAGAAGGGCUGCUGCUCUGCUUGGUGUGCCACGCUACAUAUCUGGGGAAGAUCCAUGA